AUGGAAAGCGAAGCAGGAGCCGAGGCUGCGUACCUCGCACGAGACGCGCCACCUGCACCUCGCUCUUCCUCGGUGCCGUGGUCCGCGACCGACCCCUCGGUGUGGUCGACCGCCCAUCACUCUUCUUCGGCGCCGUCGUCGACCUCACCUCGUUUCUCUUCUGCGGCGUGGCCGACGACCGACCCCUCGGCGUGGACCGCGCCUCGUCCUUCCUCUGCGUCGUGGCCGGCGACCGACCCUUCGCCAUGGUCGACCGAAGCCGGUUCGUCCUCUGCGGCAUGGCCACCCACCCAGCCCUUGGCGUGGUCCAUGCCUCCCAUUAUCAGCGAAGAGGGGGGCAACCCGUUCGACGAAAGGGGUGACGGUGACCAGACCGCGUCCCCCUCCCCUCCUCCCCCGCACUCGUCCCCUCCCCCCGCGCACUCGUCCCCUGCGCACUCGUCCUCUGCGCUCUCGUCCCCUGCCCUUGCCCCGGCCCACUCCUCGCCAGUGGCCCACCGUCCGCCCACCGAAGGCUCGCCACUGUUCCUGGCCGGGCCUUCCUCGGACGACGACAUGGACGAACCGGCCUCUUCGUCUCCAGAGGCCGUGCUGCUGUCCCCUGUGUCCGUUGCGAGAUACCAGGCUCACCUGUUGUCUCGCAACGCCAACGAGGGCCAGGACGACAUGGACGACGUGAAGAUGAGUGAAGGCGAUGAUUCGUCCGAUUCCCUCCAGUCGAUUGAGGAGGAUGACGGCGAUGAGCCUCCGCUCACGGGCCACGACGAUGUCCACGCGUUUGGCUCCGACAUGCUCCCCAUCGCGCGGCUCCGCGACCGCAUGGACGAGGACAUGCGCAACGGCACGUCGUACUUGAGGCGACACCAGGGAACCCAGGGUGAGAUCUUGGAGGUGUACGAAGACAUUCUCGUCAGGACCGCCCAGGAGACUGUGGCGUUGCUGGACCAAGUCCGGGCGCUCCGCGAACAGGAGGAGCAGUAG